AUGAAUACUAUUCUCAACGGGGAGGAGUGUGCUAGCUGUAUGGCGGUACAUCCAAAGGUACACUCGUGAAUCGAAAGUGAAAGUCGCUGCUCUGCUUUCCGACACGUUUAAAAUGAUGUUAAAAAAGGUUAUUCUCGUUCAAAUCGGUUAUUCUUCUUACUGUAUUUUUGAAUGCUUUACUGCAUUUACCAGCGCAGAUCUCAUAAAGCAAAACAACCAAACAAAUAGCGAGAUUUUCUUUUGUUUUACUUGAUCUGUGUUGGUACAGGCUGAUCCAUAAGGGAUGCUAAUCCAACUCAACUCACUGAUCACAUAUCAGGGCCAUGGCUAUAAGGCACAUUCUGUCCCACUUUGUACAGGCAAGGUUUACAUUCUAACUGCCCUAUUGUAAAGUUUUCUGAAGACCCCUUUCCAAAAAACCAUAAUUUUGUGUUAAGAAAAAUCACUCACAUACUUUUUCAAAAAGGUCACCUCCCCUCCCCUCUUUCCCCUUUCCCCUCACCCCAAAGUGUACCAUUCCGACUCCGAUAAUUAUCAUUAAAAAACUCGUCUUAGUCAAGGAAAAGGCUAUUGGUGAUUUUAUUUGUCAAGGACUUUUGUUGUUUUAGUUUCUUGCUCUUGGAACUCACUAUGGAGUUGUUCAUAUACUGGAUCACCAAGGGAACCCAAGCAGUAGCAAAAAGUACCCAUCAGUAAGUAUACCAGUGAUAAAUUUAUGCUUAGUAUUACACAUUACCAUUACAUUCUUGCUGCCUCACUUUAUCCAUUCAAGACCCAUGCCAAUCAUGUUGUCAUCAAAUUCAGCCUAGAAAAAUCAGUGCUUAAUCCAGAAGAAGUUUCGUGGAUUUAGCCUGUCUUUCAUGGUAAUUGCUAGAGGCAGAAUGGAGAAAAAAAAUUAACUUUAAUUUUGGAAACAAAAUUCAUCCUUGAUGGACUGGAAAUGUCAAAUUUGCAACCAGGACUGAAGAGUUCUUUUAAAUGCAAGCCCAAGACUUUGACAGCUCUUAAACUUCACACUUGAGACUCUCAGAGUUUUUCUCAGACAGUUAAUAGUGAGCUGAAACAAUGAGUCUGAAGUCCCAGACUUCAUGAAUGGCAACCGGAAGUUUGAUGUCUCGCUUGAUGGAACACUUUUGUCUCACACAAUGAAUCUGAAUGCCUUUGUUUUAACUCCUGCUGUACGAAUUUCUUGAGUCAGAUCAGUGAGAGGGAGAAAAUGGCAACCAGAAGUUGAUUUUUUUCUCCCUCUGUCUGGGACGUCAAUUUUCUCAUUGCGUAAGGUCCCAAAUGAGUUUACCAUGUCCUUUAUAUCAGCAGUCAAAUUACUGAUCAAUGCAGAAUAUAUUUCUUUCUUGUUUAUUAAAGAAGUAAUAAUUGCAUUGCAGCAGAGCUGUCAAAGAUGUAUUUUAGGUCAAAUUUGAUUUCAGCGGAAUUUUGAUUUAAAUGAGGUUGAUUCUCAAUUUCCUUUGUCUUGUAGCCCUAAGAGACAAAGGAAAUUGAAAAUCAAUCUUGUUUAAAAAUUUUUAACCUGAAAUCAAAUUUAUUUUCCAGAUGCUAGCAACCAUCAAAUUAAUUGGGAGUUGAGGACUUCAAGACAUCUUCAGUCUUGCCAAAAAAACCUAAGACUUCUGGGCUCUAAGAUGGCUCUGUGGGAAAAAAAAUCAACACUGCGAGGUCUACAAAACUGCUGAAAAGAGAAGCCAGGAUAGUGAGACCUCUCAAAGAAGUAAAUUCAUUGAAGAUACUUUAAAAUGUUUUUUCCUCAGCACACGACAGCUAUCAAUCAAAUUAGCAUUGAUCAAAGUGGUGACUAUGUAGCCAGCUGCUCAGAUGAUGGACGGGUAAGUAAUUUUAAAAAAUACAUAGCAACAAUGUAGCAAAAAUACUUAAAAUUGUUGUUAAACAGAAAGUAAUAACAUUUUAAAAGGGAUAUUAAAAUCCAACAUAUUUUUUUCAACAAGAACAAGCUUUUGAUAUAAAUUAAAGCAGUUGGGGAUAAAUAAAGGAGUAACCCUAUGACUAAGAUUCCUGAUAGUUCUGAGAUCACCCAAAUUGUAAUGAAAUGUACUUUCAGUGUCCCCAAAACAGUUUUCUAGGUGACUGCCCCAAUGAACAAGGGGUAAACCCUUCCCAUACCUAUGCCCACACCUCCUUGUACUUAAGUUUCCUAGAGAACUCUCUUCGUGGUAUCUUACUCAGGGGUUUCAAUAAGCACCGACGACCGACGAAACGCGUUGGUUAUUUUGCUCAGAGAAGUCAGCUACUUUUCUCUCCGAAAGAAGAAGCCACUAGUGCUUAUGAUGUCAUAAACAAAUAACUUAUCAUAAAAUCUGGAUGAAAACGUAAAGGCCCACUGGUUUUGAGUUAUGCUUUAGUUAUGCAAAGGCUGUGUUUCGUGCUGUCAAUUCUUUGGAGGUUUACACAGAAUUUGUUCUCGUUCAAAUGUACGUUUUUUCAUUGCUUGUAAGUUGUGUGGCUGAUAAUCGGAACCUGAAUGAAAGCUACAUUUUCUUGUAUGAAAAACGCACUCUUUUGUACUCAAUUUAAUUUAGUCCCCAGAAUGCUGGAAAUCGUAUUUAAGGGCUUUGGAAUUUCAAAAUUUUCUGAUGGAGCAUGCCCGCAGACCCCCUAGAGGUACUGGAUUAACGCUUCCUGUUGAUACAUCCGGGUACUCUAUUCAAACCUGCUGGCUACUUCAAUUAUUAUUGAAACCCCUGCUUACUUCCAGCACUUUAGUGAUUUGCAUGUAACAGGACUUUAACUAAAGCAUACAGAGUACAGUAUAAUAAUUAUAUAAAAUGCUUCAUUUGCAUUUGAUUUCAAUACCCUCUGUAGUUUGUUAGUUAAUUGGUUGUGAAGGACAAGAGUAGAAAAAGAGAGAGUUUUCCUCUGUGAAUGGGUUUCAUUCAUUUUUACCUUUGCUUACAAUAAUUUGAGAACGUCUUUAUGGGUUACCCAAGUUAUUGUAAGGCUCAGGUAUAAGUGCAUUUAAUCUGUAAAACAAAAAAAAUGGUUUACUAUGGUUAUGAUUGUAUAUUGACAUGUAAUUUGGGAAAGUUUCAUGGGUAUGUGUUAAAGGUCAAAAUUAAAUUCAGGUUAAAAUCUUUUUAACCUACAUUGAUUCUCAAUUUCCUUUGUCUCCUAGGCCUAAUUCAUAAAUAAUAUUAUUAGGGCUAGGAGACAAAGAAAAAUGAGAAUCAACCUAGGAUAAAAAAUUCUCACCUGAAUUUAAUUUUGACCUGUAACAUAAUUAUGCCAACUACAUUAGUUACUGUUACAUGUAUUUUGCUUUUCUACCAAGUGUUACACAUAAUUUUGAAAACCUUCUUUAUCCAUUAACUCACCCUGUGCUGGGUUGUCACUAAGAUUUCAAGUUGCCAGGUAAAUACAACAAGUAGGUGGUGAAUCAAACGGCUAGGGAUUUCUUUUGGUUCUAUUUUUCUUCUAUUUUUCAAUAAAAGUAGCCAGGGGCCACUCUCUUAGUAGCCGGGGAAAAUCCCCGGCCCCCGGCUCUUAAUGACAGCCCUGCCCUGUGUGUCAUGCCAGCCUUAAGGAUAAGAAGCUGUGUGACCUUUCACUUUGCAAUCCAUCUAACAAGUUGCUUUUCUCACAUUAAGGUUGUGAUAAAUGGUCUUUACAGCUCUGAGAAUAAUGUCCAAGCCAGUUUUGAUUCCCCUAUCAAGGUAAGAGUUGUUUCUUUCCUAUGUUGUUGCCAUUUUGUUAAUUUAGAACUUUUGCUAAAAUUGCUUUUGUUUUUGAGUUUCUGAUGUUUUUAAUGUUACUUGUUUUCUCUCAGUCAGUUGCUCUAGAUCCUGAGUUUUCAAAGAAAAGAACAAAAAUGUAUGUUACUGGAGGAACAAAGGUUUGUUGUUGUUCAGUUUGUUUAUUUUUUGUAUCACUGAGAAAUAAUAGCAUGACUUUUUCUGAUCUAAUGAUAAAAAAAUCCUUAACAUUAAAAAUUGAAACUCUCUGGCAGACCUGGCUGGUCACUAUGGUAACCCUGGAUAGUCACUAUGGCAACCUAUGCAAAACUAUUCUGACAAGGUUGCCAUGGAUAUAUGUCAUGCAGUAGAUUAUUGGUGAAAAUAACUGUGGUACCCACUCCCGAUGCAAACACUCUUUGUGUGAAUAGGUUGACCUCGGCUAAACCAAGACUAGGAUUUCUUUUCUCUGAUAUAUUGUUGCAUUGUAGUUAAUUCUCACAGAAAGAGGCUGGUUCAGAAAUAAGGCAACAGUUUUGCAUGAAGGAGAGGGCAGCAUCAGGACAAUUAAAUGGAGAUCAUCCCUCAUUGCAUGGGCUAAUAAUUCGGUAAGAUGAAGCAGUUGUUUUGCUAUAAAGUAACCUACUAGGGUAGCAGUGCCCUUUAACAUCCUGCCAAAAAUGGCCUCCUCUCCAAUUCACAAAAUGACCACUUUUGAAAUUCAGACCCGGACAUGUACCCCCUAAGAGGGCUUUGCUCAAGGUCAUAAUAUUAAUGUUGAUGAGUUUCUAAACCUGAUAAUACACGACUGCGUGUCUUUUGAAGAGCUUCAAAAUCUCUGAUAUAGAUCAACUCAUUCUUGCACUAAUAUUUAGAUUUCGGGUUAUUUUGGUCUAAAAAAUUGGACUUAAAGUUUAGCCGUGUCUUUAUCAGAUAUAAAGACACCUUUUAAACAUCAAGUUCUUUUGUUUUUCUCUAUGAAUUAUUAAUGAGUUUUUGAAUGCUACUCAAAUGUCAUAAUGUUAAAUGAGAAUAUGCACAAAAAUCUACAAGCUUUUCAAAAAUUAUGACCAGUAGUGCAGCCUUUUUUGAGAUUUCUUUGUUGAAAGUUUGUUGGUUUGUUUGUUUGUUCAACUCAGGAAGUCAAGGUGUUUGACUUGAACUCUCAGCGAGUGAUAACCAACAUUAAAAGAGAACCUGGAAAGUAUGUGACUUUAAUUAACUUUGCUGAUAAAAUUUCUUCGACAAACCUAAAGGUUGUGGAUAGUACUUGUGGUGGUAGACUUUGCAUAGACUUAUUGCUGUAUAUGUUCCAGUAACUUAAAUUUUGCUGAACAGACAACUUUCUUGGAGAAGGAUUCAUCGCAAAGUGUGCAAUUUUUAAAUUUAAAUAUGUCUUAGUAAUAUGAUAAAACCCCAGUAUAAAUUUGAACUCUAAAGGGAAACAAAAAACUGUUCGAGUUAGUGGGGGUUUGAGUUUUCGGGGCUGAUUGGAUAGUCAUUUUGCCAUGUUAACAACAGAUGGUGUACUGAUUUUUUAGCACCUUAGUAAACCAUACAGUGUGAAUUUGCCAAAAUAAACAUUUCUUGUCAGAACCUGUAAAAAUGUUCGUUGUGACUUAUAAAAUGACUGUCAAAUACGCAAUCUGUUUAUCGCUCUAUUUAAAAUCAAAUUAUUGCUUGUGUUAGUUUUUAGUGUUAUUACAGAUUUUAUAUUAAGACUUAAGGGAAUGGCAUAGGUGGUGAGUUGCAAGAAAAAGGAAUUUGAGUUAUCAGGGUAUUUAAAAAUUGUCCAAGUUAGUAGGGAGUACAAGUUAUCCGAAUUUGAGGUACUGGAGCUUUACUGCAGUUCCUUGUUCUUUGUAUUCUCUGAGGAACCUAGUAGAUAGAAUGAACAUACAGAUCUGACCAUGUGUCGUGAGUGGUGAUUUAUAGGUAGAGGUUGAAACCAAUGGAGAAUUAUAAAACUUUCACCCCGCAAAGUGGUUUUGGUUGGUUUCAAGGGAUCAUAAUAAGUUUCUGGGAAACUGCCCGCCUACCCCUCCUCUAAGCCAUCAUUUUGCCUUAAGUGAGAAGUAAGUGUUAAUGUUGGCUUAGGGGAGGGGUAGGUGGACAGUUGCCCAGAAACACAUGAUGGUCAAGUAGUAGUGGUAUAUGAGAGGUCCCAACUAUUGUUCUUUAAAUGAAAAAACCUUGUUUUUUUGUUUGAAAAGGUGAUGGCUCGUGUGAGGAAGUUGCAAUUGAAAAUUUUCUGUAAUAAUAUAUUUUGGCAGAUAUAGACCUGAACUUUAUCGCUGCUGUUUGUGUUGGAAAGAUGACAUCACCCUUUUUAUUGGCUGGGCAGACAUGGUUCAGGUACGGAAGGUAGUUUUUGUUAUAAAUGCUACCAAUUUUGUUAAUAGUAAAGCACCAUGUACCAAAAUAUCGGUGGUGGACAAAACACUGACCCCCAGGCAAUGGACUGCCCCCGUGAACUACCCAUAUGGACUACCCUAAAGUGGACAACAUACACUGAAGUUUAUAGUGUAGGGUUAAGAAACUGAGUGAAUCAAGUUUCAGGUCAGUUUUCCCCGGUACAAUAACCCCAAAUAGAACUUGAUUCUCUCAGUUUCCUGACCCUAACCAUUAAACUACAGUGGCAUUGUCCAUUUUAGGGUAGUCCAUAUGAAUAGUCCAUGGGGGUAGUCCUUGGACUGGGGGUCAGUGUUUUGACCACCACCUGAAAUAUCAUAACAUGAAAAACAGCAUAGGUAUACCUCUUACUUUAUCAGUCUGAGCUGCAAACUCAUUCUGAAUCAAGAUACUUUCUCUUGAGUAUACAAUCUAAGCCUGAAUUGCACAGGUCGUAAAUCCAAAAAAAAGAAAUGAAAUUCAGACUGUACAUGUAACUUGCAGUACAGGCCAUGAAAACAAAGUCUGCAAGAUAUCAUAUUUUCUCUGGAAAAUUUUAUUUAUUUUCUCUUUUAAACUGUAUUUUUCAACUUCAGAUUUGUGUUGUCAAGGAGAGGUUGAUACAGAGAUCAGAUCUGCCUCCUCUUGUCGUGGAAAUAGGUUUGCUAUUUUCUGUUUUCCUUUUUAUCUUAAUUUGCAGAUUUAAAAUAUGAGCCAACUCAAACUCAUGUCUGAAUGUUUAUUUUUGCAGUUGCUAGGUUUAAGACAGAUUAUUACAUUUCUGGAAUUGCAUACCUUAAAAGUGACUUGGUGAGCCUGUUGGAAUUGAUUUUCUUUUGAAGUUAGCAGUAGUGUAUACUCUGGAAGCUCAGAUUUUGUACUGAUGGAGCUUGAUAAUGCCUGCAUUACUCUAAGCAGGGCUUCUGAUAUGUCGCGGAAGAAAAAGUCAAAUUUCGCAGGAUUUUUAGGGACAAAUUCGCGGAAAAAUCGGCCGACUUUGCAGGAAUUUCGGGGGAGUUUUCAAGGCAAACUUCACCAAAAAGCAAUUGUUAAAAAUGGCCGAUUUUGUGGUUAUUUUCAACGCAAAUUUCGCUAGAAAUAAAUUGGUUUUGCGCUGAUCAGACCGUUUUGUCACGUUAACAUUUUGAUUCAAAACAUUAUUCAUGUUUUUUGUUAAUUUUAUCUCUGUAAUUAUUAUAUAUAAUUGAAUUACCAUCAUGGGAUACAGUUAGCAUAAAAUUAGUACAAAAAAUGUGUUUGACCUCCUAAAAAGGAUUGUUCAUAUUACACCCCCUACCUCCCCUUAGCAGCCACCUCCCCACAAUGGCCACCUUCUUCUGUCCCCAAGGUGGCCAUUGUCUAGAGGUUCGAUUUUAGGUAGACGUACUUAAUUCCCUGAUUAGGUCCAUUCAACCAAGAGUUGGCAGCCUGGAAUAAUCUAGUUGCUAGUUCCCUGGCUGAAUAACAUUCCUGAAAAAAAGCAAGAGAGGGUCCCCACAUAACUUGUCCUGUCUGUAAAACCCACAGGAAAACCAAGACUAGGAUCAUUAAAAUUUGAAUUAUUUUGUGUAUGUUUUCACAGGUCAUACUGUCUUACAUGACAAACAUUGAAGCUGGCACAAGUAAGGUGAAUAAAUGUAAAUCAUUAACCCAUUUGCCCCUGGAAAUUUUGCCAAAAAACACGUUUGAAGCUAGUCAAGCAGUUUUCUGGUCACUGUCGUGCUAUAAAAAGCCAAAACUUACCAUAAAGCCAUUUACAGGUCAUACACUUUGUGGCCUUCUGAUAAAGAUGCAAAAUAUUAGGGAGCUUAAGCAACAGCGUUUUUGAGCAACGGACGUCAACCGGAAGUGGACUUUUUGCAUCAUUGAGCAGUGGUUCUGUUGAAACUCUCAAUUAAAUCCUCUUUAUAAGAGAAAAGACACUUAGCAAUACAAAUUUGUCAGUGUCGAGGCAUAUAAAAAGGGAGAGGGCCUCACUUCCGGUUAACGUGUGUCGCUCAAAAACGUCUUUGCUUAAGUUCCCUAUUAGCUUGCGAAGUUCGGGCAUGAGCGGAAAGCAAAAUUUUGCAAAUGUUUUGGGGGGUUAAAAGUGACAGCAGUUUUGCUCUCUCUUCUCCCUUCUUUUUUCGCUUUUCUUGCCUCAUUUUUUUUUUUUUUACUGGGCAUGUGGUAGACUUCAUUUUGGUGGGAAAAGUUUUUUGGGAAACUUUUUAGGGUCUUAGGUUUCAUGAAAGGAAAGGUAGGUGAGUAGUGGAACAAGAUUUUCAUGGAAAUUUUCAGCUCAAUGUUACCUGAUUGUUGCCUUUUUAUCCAGUGUCCUUGACUGAAUUUUGCUCAUUCUAGUAUGGUUUGAAAGAUUUCUUCACUAUGCAGAAGUUAGGGCACAAAGUUGUCCUUGACCAUUUAAACUCACGACUUCAUAAGUGGUAGAAGGGAGGUGGAUCUGCGCGGGCGGUUACGGGUGGAUCAGGGGCAAAUGGAUUAAGACUGAAACUUUGUCAUUUUUCCCCUGAAUAAAACACAAAAGAAAUUUAGUAUAGUUCCUUUACUUCAUAAGCAAGCUUCACUUAUUGAGUCAUUGAAAUGUCUUUUGCGCCUAUAAGGGCCUCUUCCUGGAGUAGUUGCAAUAACCUGUAAAUUGCUUACUAAAAAUAUUAUUUUCCUGCCCCGACAACAUGGUAAUUAAUGAUACAAUAUACAGGUUUUAGUAUGUUCAGAUGAUUGAUGAUCACAUGACCAUUAUUUUAGAUCACAUGACUGGGAAGACAUUGAGAUAAUGUCAAAAUAUUGUGUUAAUUCUGCCAAAUUCUUUGCUCCGAGUUAGUAAUGUUAUUUUUGUUAAUACCUUAAACCACUAUGGGCCUUUUUCAAAAAACAGCUUAAUACUCUUUGUUGUCCCUCCAAAAGUUUGCAUAAACAUUUUUUUUUUCAAUUUCUCUUGGGACUUACAAUUGCCCCAAGAGAAAAUAUUUAAGACAAUGCUUAUGCAAAAUUUUGAAGGGACAAUGAAGAGUAUUAUGGUCUUUUUGAAAAGGGCUAUUUCACUCAUUUAUAAAAAAAAAUGAAAAUAAUGCAUUUUUAAUUUAAAGUAUUUUUUAUUAAUAAUUGUAGGUCAAAAUCAAAUUCAGGUUAAAUUUUAUUUAACCUAGGUUGAUUUUGUCAAAUUCCUUUGUCUCCUGGCCCUUAUUCAUGAAUAAUGAAGGCUAGGAGCUGUUGUAGGUCAAAAUGAAAUGCAGGUAAAAAUGGUUUCAACCUUAGCCUGCUUAAAUUUCUUUGUCUCUUAGCACUAAUUAUUCUUGAUUAUGAACAAUUAGGGCUAUGGAACAAAGGCGAUAAAGAGUCAACCUACAUUUUGAGGUUGAAUCCAUUUUAACCUAAAUUUCGUUUUGACCUACAGCAGAGACAAAGGAAGUUGAGAGCCAAUGGUGUUGAAAAUUUUUAACCUGAAUUGAAUUUUGACUUAUAACAUAGACACGUUUAUGUAAGCACUGAAAAAAAGCCCUCCACUUGCUACCUGCCACCUUCAUUUUAGCACUGUAGCAUGAAAGCAGUUGAUGCAUUGAUUUGACAGACAUGUAUUUUCAUUAGCAGCUGCAAUGGCUUAGGAAAAAGUUAAUAUUUUCCUAAGUUGUUAUAGCUGUUGGUGUUAAUAUUCUGUUCAGCUAAAUGGAGAAGAAAGUCAUGAUUAACAGUUAUGCUAAUCUCUUGUCUCUGGGUUUUAAUGUAGCCCGCGAUUACAGUCAUCUCUCCUUGCUUCCUGCACCCAGGGAUUUUUUGGGAAAAGACAAGUUAACUGCAUUUCUGGCCCAAAAAUUCCUAACAGAUGAUAAACCUGUCGAGAAUCUAGUCAGGAGCUCUGAGUGGUUGAAGUUCUUAAUUUAUUCCUUUUGCCAUUGUUUAUUAAUGACAGACAUGAGACAAAGGUCACCAAGUUCUGAUAUAAAUGCAAUGAAGCUUUCACAAAACACUUAUUGUUCUUGGAGUAUAUUCUUCUUUACAAGAAGUGUUUGAGUUUGCUGGUGCUAGUUCACAGAAGAACUCAAAAUAUUAUGAUUAUGGACCUGAAGAAAUGAUCUCAAAUAAACUUUAUACAGCUGGAACCCCAUGACUAUCGGAUAAUUUAUGUAAACUUUGAUUUACAUGAUCAGUAUGGACAUUUGGUCCCAAAAUGCAGAAUUUUCCCUUUUAAACAUCCCUGGCUGUGAGGAGCAAAGAAAGAGGGUUGUAUUUGCAGGCUAUGUUUCUCAUUAAAUUAAAAAAAAAAGAACAAAGUAAAAUAUUCAUAAAUAUGUAGCACUUGAUAUCUCUCACUGGAUUUGUAGUCAGAAUAUUUGUAUGGAUUGUAGAGGUUUGUUACGUACUGUUUAAAAAACAAGCAGAAGUGUAUUAUCAAGUUUAAAAACUCUUGGCUUCACCUUGAGUUUUUAAACCUGAUAAUACAUGACUGCGAGUUUUUUGAACAGCUUCAAAAUCUCUGAUAUAGAUCAACUCAUUCUUCCACUAAUAUUCAGAUUUGGGGUUAUUUUGGGCUAAAAAAUUGGACAUAAAGUUUAGCCAUGUCUUUGUCAGAUAUAAAGACACUCAUUAAGCAUUAAGUUCUUUUGUUUUUUCAUUAUGACUUAUUAAUGAGUUUUUGAAUAUUAAACCCCUGCUUUGUCAUAAUCAGUAGUUUCCGGAUUUAUUUUCAAAGGUUUGUGACGUAAAGAACACCUUCGUUUGCAAAAACAAUGGGAAAGAAGUUGGAAAUAGUGACCCCGAAGCAUUUAUUUUAUUUAGUUAGGCUCACCAAUAUUCUUGGCUGGUUCACCACAACGUAGCCUGUGUACAAACCCCCCCUCCCCUCAGGAAAAAUCAGUCUGUACACAGGCUACCGCAACAGCCCGUGGUGCCACUACAUGGGCCCAUACCAGUCCCUACCCCCCAUAAGAUAUACCAACACACAGGGGACUACAUCCUCUUCUCUUUAUGAACAGUGUGUGUGUUCUUUAAUGUCUCAUAGACUGUGAAAAAGUUGUGAGAUGGGGUUUAGGGUUUAUCAUCCUUGUCCAAGUAGACUAGAAAGUCUAACUGUUUGUAGAUAUCUUUACAAAGACAGCUCUUUCUCCUCAGUUAUUUAAAGACCCUAACUUUUGGUCCGGCCAGGUUUUGAACCAACGGCCUCCUGUUCAGCAGACCAGCGCUAUCAGUAUUAUUCUCAUCAUUUUUCUGUUUUUCCAUCUUAAUAUAAUGUAUGAUGUAACAGAAAGGUCAUGUAGUAGCUCACCGACCACAGCUAAGGAUCGUGACACCUCGUGGCCUUAACGAGCCUGAGGAAAUAUCAGCAGAUGCCUUGUCAGUCAGGGGAUUUGAACAGUACCGCUGUGAUGACUAUCAUUUGGGUAAGGCUUGUGUUUUUUUAUUAAAAGUACAAGUGGUAAAAUUCACUUAUUAUCAGGGCUUGAAAAAAAGUCCCAUCCAGUUAAGUCCAGGAUGAGUAGUUUUUCAUUCUUACAGCAAGGAGCCCAAAAUUGUGACCUCCUGUAAUUAACUCACAUUCUUUCAUGCAGACAUUAACCAAUGAGAAGUUGAGAACAGUUUUCAGCUGGCCUCAGAUUGGAUUAAAUCUGUACAAAAGAAUUUGAAUAAAUCAAAAGUAGUCACACGUUUGGGCUCCUUGCUGUAAAGCUUAAGCCCAGUUCAGACGGCACUCAUGUGCCAAACCUAACUGAUGAAUUAAGUACAGCAGAAGAGCAGUGUCUGAAUCAGUUUGGUAUGGCAGUUUUAGUUUUGUGCAACAAAAACAUUAAGUUUGACAGAGUCUGUUGAACUUUUGUCGAAAUUAACUUAGGCUCGACACACGGUGCACCUUCUGAAUCAGAUGUUGCGCCAAUGUCGUUCCAAAGUCGAAAUUUAAUUUUUUUCGGUUCGGCAUGUGAAAAGUACAGCAUCUGAACCAGGGUUUACUUGCUCAAUGAGAAAGGUUCCAGGCAAAUCAUCCUCUUACAAAAUCAUCAACCAAGAUGAGUAAGAAGUGUCCCUGGGCAAGUAAAAUGUUAGAGCUGCAUGCCCAAAGGACAAGCUGCAUGGAAUUGAAGUUAUUCUUUUAGCCCUGCUUAUUCUUUAAAGUUAGCACCAAUCUGGGGUAGUACACAUGUAUUUAACUCACGUGUACACCUCUGUAAACCCCAAUUCAAUCAUCUGUAGUGAUUCAAUGACAUGUAAAAUUAGCUUCUGAUAACUAACUUCUGCUAGUCUAAUUAGCAUUCAUUCACUUCUGAUACAGAUCUCUACUCAUUGUUUUAUUUGACAUUAAAUGUGCCAUUAAAGCCAUUAUAAAUCCCAUACAAGUCAGAUGUAAAUUUCUACAUCUGAUCUUUAUCGUGUUUAUAGUCGCUUGCCUUCGGCUCACUAUUGUAAACACCAUACAGAACUCCCACUCACAUUUGCUCAGGUUGAGUAAUAGAUGUAGACUGUUUGAUUGGUGAACCAAUUCAUCAUAAAUAAAACCCUCAGUUAGGUGAUCAACUAGGGCAAAUUAAGAGUUAUGUGCAGUGAAACUUAAAGGGGAUACUGAUCUAAAGAAUUCUCCUCAUGAUUCAUAACCAUACUACAAGGAAUUUGAAGGAAAAUCUAAUGUAAGGUAGGUGGAGUAUGAUUGUCCGGGUGAACGUAGUCCUAAAUAGGACUGUUGCUGACAUUGACUGACGUUUCAACAAGGUAGCGGGAGUCAUUCAGAAUCAAAGUGAGUUGUAUCACAUCAGUUGAUGGUAUUAAACUCUGGUUUUUGCUUAAUACAGCUGGACAAUCAUAUUCCACGGACUUAAUGUAGUUAAAUGAAAUUUAACACAGUUAACAACUAGGAGUGCAGGCGUCAGUCAGCGGUCAGUGCGGUGGCUCAAGCGCAGUCAGCCUUGCUUGCAUCAUCCCCAUCUGCUUAGUACAGCAUUUCCUGGCAGCCACUCUCUUCGUUUAGCCUGUGGAUCAUUCUUUUACCCCCACCACCUCCCCUCCUUAAUUUUUUCCACUGAUAAAUCAGUGUGACAGGUGCCUGGUUCCAUUGGCGUGGGGGUUCAUGGCUGGAAGGUGCAGGUUACCUGCCAUGGGGGCAUAACUCUGUCUAGUGGCUGGUUUGCCAAGAGUGGAAGCCCCCCGGACAUCCCAGGCAUCCAUCUCCAAAAAGCGACACAGUUGUUAAUGAAAUGACUCCUGGGCUCAAACCUUUCACUGAGAAUCUAACAGUUGAUAGACAGUAAAUGUGACUUUACAUGUAUUCCAGGUACCCUUGAAAGAGGCAAAUGAAUUAAAAAUCAAGCGUGUCACAUCUCCGCUUCCUUUAUUUUCUAAAUUAUAAAUUGAACUACUUUAUACAACUUUUUUGUGGCCUGAAGAUACUCUUCUAUAAGACGCCCUUUGAAUUACAACAGACUCGUAGCUGUCAAGCAAAAUUCCAUUGAAAAAAUGCUGUGCCUUAUAACCAAAAAAUUACAGUAACAAUAUAAUUAGAUUUAAUAUAUUCUGAACAACAUAAAAAACUUGACUUGUGAUCAAACACAUUGCUUAUGCAGGUGACAGUUUUUAAUUAGUUAAUAAUAAUAAUAAUAAUAAUAAUAAUAACAACAACAACAAUAAUAACAAUGAUAGUUGAAUAUUUAAUCCAGGAUAACCCUUAGGUACCAAGUACUGUGACCAGGCUGUGCAAAGGGGGAAAAAGGUAAAAAGAAUCCAGUCUACCACUUUGCUCGCUUAACUUGCCGAAAUUUUGUUUUUUGGCUGUUUCACCCAGUUUUUUGCCUUUUUCCCCACUACAGAGUCUGGUCCCAGGCUAUGACAAUGCAAGGAAAUGUCAAGUCCCUGGCUAUUUGUCCUCUUUCCUUAACUACUUGUUAUUAAAAAGAAGUGCUAACCCGAGCUAAAUCUUCUGACUCAUUCACAUAAAGUAAUAUAAACUCUUAUAAUAUCAGCUCUUCUUCAUGAUGACUUGGAUUGUCCAUCCUCUGCCUUUAAUAAGAGUAGGUAAAUAGCUAACAAUCAACAAUAAAUAAAAUUGACCUUGAAACAAAGUUUAAUUUUAGAAGUUUGUGAUAUAAACUGUAAACUCUUACAUUAAAAAUUAAAAGUUCCUCUCCUUACCACACAGCUGUUCUCUGUCUUGUCAUGCUGGUUUCCUUCCCAAUGGAGGAGGGAAGAACGUUCAGUGACAAGACAGAAAAAAACGGUUGGUUAGGAGAAUAGCCCUUUUAACGUUUAGGUAUGCUAAGAUAAAUUAGUAUGAUGCUCUAAACAUUUUAAAAGUUUAAAUGGAAGGUUUGCUUUACUCUCAAAACUUGUUUUUGUCCCUUAAGUCCUGGUUAUGAAUCCAAAUAAGCAUUAAUUUUGACUGAUAUUGUGAUACAAAGCAAUGAAACAAAAUUAUGGGACUUAGUUCUUCAUCCUUGGGUGUAAAAAACCAAAAAUCCAUACAAGCUCCACUUACUACAGUAUUUUUAUAAAUGGUAGCAAUGACAGAAGAUUUUAUUUGUAGACCUAAUGCUUUUUUUACUAAUUGCUUUUUGCAGAAAAUGUUGCAGAGGAGAACUUGUUCUACAUUGUUAGCCCUAAAGACCUUGUGCUGGCCAAGGUGAAUUUAGUAAUUCCUCAGUGUAGGAGCUUGCUAAGAAUUCAAAACAUGACUCUGAAAAGAAGAGUCACCUGUUGAUGGCCCAGUAUUAUUUAAACUUCCAAAGAAGUCCUUUGUCCGAUUUCAAAUGGCACAGGAUCUCUCAUGACUUCGUCGCUCACUCGGCGGCUUCGUAGCCUAAAAAGCUCACCCCGCUCACUAAGAAACUCAUGAGGUCAACUUGUGCAAGUCUAAAUAUUAUCUUGAAGUUGGCUUCUCUUCAAAGAUGGUAAUACUGUGGAGGCAAUCCUCAAGGAGCUUUGUAGAAACUUGCCAAGCAUGCAAAACAUGACUCUUAAAUGUGCUUCUAUAUUUAUUACAUAUUGUAUGCUGAAGAAUGGAAUCAGCUGCUGAUUGUCUGGAAGUUGAUGCUUUGUAAAUUACAUGAAACAAUGGUUUUAUUCCAUUUAAAACGCAUAGUCUUUACAGUGUGUGUUUAAUUUGUGGAGUUUUCUUUUAGCCUAGAAACAUUGAUGAUCACCUCAAGUGGCUGAUUGAUCAUGGCAAGUUUGAGGUAAGCAUGGACAGUAUGGUUAAUAGACCUCUUUAGCUUGUAUGUUUUGUUUUUCCAAUACAGGUCAUGUGAUAAUACUCUCGGGAACUUUUCCGUUCAAAUUUGAUCUUAUUCACGUGCAUAUCUAUGCAUAAUUUAUAAAUAGAUGAAGGGUCAGGUUCCCCUGGGACCUCUCUUGGCAAAACAAAACAUACAACUUCAGACGUUCUAUCCGGCUGAAACAGAUGGAUAGAACGUGUUGGACGAUCCAAACUCAUUCAGAUGAACUGAAAUUAGCCAGACGUUGAACUUUACGUGAACUUAACUCACUAAGUUUGGUUCGUCUCAUGAAAAGUUCGACGUUUGACCUAGGUCAAAGUGCUAUAUAUGGCAAUGGUCGUCAGUAUAUAAAUGGGCCACAAAAUAAAAAAAAAUUAAUGUAUUGACAGCAACCUUUGUCUCUGCGCUUCAUAAAUUGCCUGCAAAACAGGCAUUAUUGAGGGCACUCAGGUGGCUUUUUAGGGAAUGAGUGCAAAGUGCAAGACACGCAAGUGGAGGAGAAAGAAAAUAAUAACUGUUUUAUCCUUUUUUCUCUCUCUUUUCCUUCUUCUUGCAUGUCCCACAUUUCACCCCAACACCCAAAAACUCACAUGAGCACUCCAAUUUCGCCUACUGCGGACCACAGCACUAGCUGAAGAGCAAGGGUUUUACCAACCUCGUUCCCAGGUUCUCUCUUUCGCUCCUUAGGGACGGGUAGGAGAGAACCCUGGGAACGAGCUUGGGGUUUUACAUACUGUGGGUGGACUUCAAAAGCCCGAGUGUGUCCUUUUAGAGGGUUUGUUAUCAUUUCAUUUAAAUUGACAAUAGCUUUUUCAUUUAAUGAUAUUUUUGUUUGUUGUGCAGGAAGCCUUGGUUGCAGCAGAGACAAACAGCAAAGAAGUCAAGAAGCAUAAUCAGCAGGUUAGUUAAAAGGAACAAAAACUUAAGCACAGUGGAAUGUAAUUUGCCCUUAAAAAAAUGAUGUUAUUUAGAAACAGAUAGUUCUAGGUCAAGAUUUCUGGGAGUUAAUGUUUUACUACGGCGACAGCAACAAGAACGUCAAAAAAUCAAUAGACCUAUUUGGCUAUUAAUAAACUCGAGUUUUGUCCAAUUCAAGCCCUUUGGGAAUAAAACGUUUUUGUUUCAGGAAUUUCCAUAUCAUUUUAAUGUGAAUGCCACAUUAGAAUGCAAAUACAAUACACAAAGAAUCUUAACCCCAGGAGAUUUGAAUUGGGUACAACGCUGAGUUAGCUGAAAAGGUCUAUUGGUUUUAAUUAGCAAAACAACAACUUUGCACGUGCAGCACACUUUUUUGGGCACAUUAGGACGUGAAUUGCCAAAUUCCACGUUUUAUUGACAACGUGAACAUACGACGACGAAUUUCUCUUUCUCUUUUUAAAUUUGGAUAUCUUUCUUAAGAAUUCAACUCUAGGAAAGUUCACCUGUAUUAGACUAAGUAAGCGAGUUGGGAUGACCGCGCUGAAGUUUCAAAGAAAGCGAACUCAAUUUUUAAGUCACGUUUGCGCCAUCGUCGGCUUGGUGGUUUCUUAAACACCCUAUUAUCAAAACAAAUGCUCCUGUAGUUUGUAACACUGUGGCUGCUUUUUUAGGACAUUGGAAGGUCAUAUCUAAAAUCUCUGAUGGAAGAAGGAAAGUAUGAAACUGCCGCGAGGUUUGUAUUUCCUCACGUGUAUUUAUUUGUUUUAUGCAUUAAGUUUCACUAAAAUGAAUUCAUGUUUUGUGCUCUCAGGGAGAGAGGGAGAAGAGAUUAUUUUUGAUAACUGUCUGUCACUUCGAAGAACGUCUUAACUCAAAAUUCAAGGAAGAAUAACAGAUUUAUUGUGUAAAAUACUGUAACACAAAUACUACCAUGUAAAUGUACCGUUGAAGAGGUUUUAUUGACAACCGAUUUUUAAUCACCUUUCACAACAUAAAAUAGUAUUUAUCACAGAAAAGUACUGCUCAGUAGCUUUCAUUCGAAUGGUCCACUUACGGGUUUCAUCCGCCGUCUCAAAAGUUAGAACCACCUUGUUAUGUAUAGCUUAAUAAACAGUACCACAGGAAAGUACCACUUAGUAGCUUUCAUGUGACGAAUGGUCACACUUUAGGAUUUCAUUCACAGACUCAAAAGUUAGAACCACCUUGUUCAGCAUAAUAAACAGCACCACAGAAAAAAAUAAAACUACUCAGUAGCUUGUCCAAUCAUAGGCUUUUCUCCACAUAAUAAAGAACUUAGGACAGUAUUGCACAUCUCCAAACCGACUCCACUCAGUUGAAUUCUUUUUAAAUUCUCGUAGAGUGUGCGUCAAAGUUUUGGGCGAUGAUAAGAAACUUUGGGAGGACGAAGUGUACAAGUUUGCAAGGAAACAUCAAUUAGAAGUAGGUUUCAAGUUGGUCUUAAAUGGAAAUUUAAUUUUGCCUCCACUGUGACUAAUGUUGGCUUUUUGCGCAUUUUGUAUUAUCUUUUGUUUGCUCUGUUAAGGAGAUAUUUUCUUCUUUGGUGAUAUUAAAUCAACUGUUAUUGUUUCGUAAUAGUACAGAAAAAUUAGCCUCUCAUGCACACAUUGGGUAGCUUAAGCAACGACGAUGACGUCUCUUAAAAAGUGAAUUCACCCUGUUUCAAAAUUCAUUACUCUCAUUCCAAGUCGUUUAAUUUGUUAAUUGGUGGUGAAUUUCUGGAGAUGAAUUCUUAAGGACAGUAUCUAAGUUUUGAAAAAGAAUCACAAAAUCGUUGUCUUGUGUGUUCACGCCCUGCACAAAACGUGAAAUUGGGCCUUUUCACGUCGUAGUUGUGCAGUGACAGCAAAGAAAUGUGCAAAAAAGCGUGAUGCACGUGCAGAGCUGUUGGUUUGCUAGUCUAAACCUAUUGCUUUUUCCCGUUCUCGUCGCUGACGUCGUUCUUGUUGCUUAAGCUCCCUAAUUCUUGCUUGUCUUAUGGGCUUCUUCCCCAAGUUUGUGGGAGGCUAUAGAAAAAGCGGGGUAUUAUGUGAAAUUUCAGCAGUACUUCCGCGUGAUUACUGCAAGUGAAACUUAAGGAUGGAAGUGAGUUCCAUCCAACCUUGUUGGUAGUUAAAAAAUAAUAUUGUUUUGUUGUUGUUGUUGACCAGGCUAUUGCACCGUACAUCCCAACAAGCGCUGUGAAACUAAGUUCAGCAAUUUAUGAAAUGGUUUUGUACGACUUCCUCAAAAAGGAUUACAAGGUAAUUUCUCCUGGCGUGUCAUAUUCAUUUCUAUAUAUUUUCAUAGUGAUACUCUAAAGAUUUCUUCUAGCCUGCGAAUACAGCCGUCUCUCCUUACUCGUCGCCGCUUGGUAGGUUUGUCGAGAGACACGUCUGCGUGUGAACGAUGGAAAUUGCAUACUGAUGACGUAAAAUCCGUCAAGAAUCUGGUCGGGAACUCUUAUUGGUAGACCUACUGAUCAUAUUCUUUUAGCUAUUUCUGUCUUUGAGGCGCAGACGACGGUCUCUCCAGCAAAAUGACCCAAGCGGCGAGAAGCGAUGAAAGACGGAUGUAUUCACAGGCUAGAUUUCUUUUCAUCUGAAACAGAUUGUUCAGAUUUGUUCACCUUUGAGGUCUUGAAAACUGAUGACCACGCUUAUGUCGCAAAUGAAUCCCCCCUUUGUGAAGUAAUUCUCCAGUACGUGAUGACAUCACUUUAUGCGUGUCAUCUGAUUGGCUAUGGGCAGGAUGUCAGGUGAUAUCAGCCAGUGUUUUAUUGGUUGUUAUCAUGGGGCACACUUUGUUCAUUGGUCAGUAUGAUAACACCAACAGUCUGAUACUGGGCGUCCUUUCUUGCAAUUCUCUUCGCUGGUUCGCUUAUUACCACAGCUGAGUAAAUCUGAUUACAGUUCUUCUUGAAACUGGUGAUUCGAGUAUUUCAUGUUUUUCACUCAGCCGACACAAGCAACCAACGCGUACUAUUUUUUAUUUUGCAGAAAUUUCAAAACCUUAUAAAGGACUGGCCUGCAGACUUGUACAGUGUUCAGCCAAUCAUAAGCGCAGUACAGGUGAGCGAUCAGCUAAUCGUUACUGCCGUUUGGGGAAGAGAUCAGCCAAUCAUUUGUGCUAUACAAGCCACUUUUCAGCCAAUCAUUGUCACCCUGCCAAUCAUAAGCGCUUUACAAGCGGCUCUUCAGCCAAUGAUUAGCACCGUACAGGCGAAUGUUCAGCCAAUCAAGCAUAUUACGUAUGAAUGAUCACGCAGUCAGAAGCGCAGUACAUAAGUGUAGUAUAAAAGGGUGGAAAAAUUAGUUGAACACAACACUUUGUUCAAAGAGCAUUUUAAACAGAGAGGUGUGGCUGUUUUCACAUUUCUUUCUUUUCUUUUCUUUUCUUUCUUUUUUUCUUUUUCAUGUCUUGAUAGGACCAGCUGGAAAAAGAUCCAGAUAACCGUGUCCUUUUGGAAACUCUAGGAGAACUGUAAGCCGUUGAGGAUAAAAUUAUGUAAUUUUUGUCCCCUCAUUCAGUGACUGACAUUUGCCCUCUGGUGUUCCAUUACAGUUACACUAGACUGACAAGAUAUGACAAGGGACUGGCCAUUUAUCUUAAGUAAGUUGAUAAGUUUCAAAUUAUCAGUUAAACCUGUCUGCCGAGUACCGGUUAGACUUGCCACAAGUCGACUGCGGAAACGGGCUUUGACAAGGUCGAAGUACAUGUCAAUCCUGUUGUAAAUGGACGUUAGAAGUUAGGAGGUUAACUUAACGCAAACUCUUUAUUAAUUCAUGGAGAAAAUUCAAAGGAAAUUAAUGUUAAGUGGAUGUUUGGAAAUCAAUUGAAACACAGCUUACUUUUAAACGACUCGAAAAACGGGACGUGAGGUUGAGUAUUUUAAACGACCUUUCAGGCGUAUGAAAUUGCGAACAAACAUUGUUUUAAUUGCUCUAUGUAGCUUUUAAGACAGAAUGAUUCAGAGCGAGAAAUUACGGUUGCAGAAAGACGAGGAAUUUGGGAUCUGAUUUCCAAGAACGUUAUGUUACGCAAUCUCCGUGGUUUUUAAAUUACUUUUGAGUGAGAAAACGUUGUUGUUUGAAGCAAUCGGAGGGACGCAAACGUCGAACUUGUCAUGAGACGAACCAGAUUUGGUUAGUUACGUUCAUGAAAAGUUCGACGUCUGGCUCAGUUACGUUCGUCUGAAUGAGUUUGGGUCGUCCAACACGUUCUAUCCGUCUGAAGCAGACGGAUAGAACGUCUGAGGAUCGUCUCCGGAACAAACGUUGAUCUUCACAUGCGACGAACUAAACUAAUUAAUUAAAAAUUGGUAUGAUAAUGCAUAUUCAGCCUCGUUCAAGAAAAAACUUUUACUGAUCUGAUUCAGUAGAUUGGUUCGACGUGUCCUAAGUUCGACGUCUGACCCAACAGGCGAAUUUAAUUUAGGUCAACCCAAAUUAGAGUUGGUUCGUCUCAUCAAAAGUUCGACGUUUCCCCUAGGCCUUAAACGAAAUUUGAGACGAAUAUAUGUAAUAAAAUUCUUACUUUGUUUCACAGACUAGGUCACACUGAUGUGUUUAACCUGAUCCAUAAACACAACUUGUUCGAUUCAAUCCAGGACAAGAUUAUAAUGCUCAUGGACUUUGAUAAAGAGGUAGCUAUAACUACUUGUUGUAAACUUUCCAUCGAGGUCGAAAUGUUCACGAGAAAUUCCAGAUUUCUUACUAGAAAACAAAUGGUACCACGUGAUAGCAUUACUGAAGAGGUUUCAUUUGAAUGGUCUGAAGAUAAGAUUUCAUCCACGAACUCAAAAGUUAGAACUUUGCUAUAUGACGCUGGGAGCAAAAAUCUUCCUUCUUUUCAUAUGUAAAUGAUAAAAACUUACUUAACUGGACAAAAAAACUACAUUCUUGUUGCUCUUUUUUUGCAGAAAGCAGUGAAGAUGUUGAUUGACAAUAUCGACAAAGUUCCUGUAAGUUUAGUUACGAUGUUCUUUGAUGUUCUUUUGUCCGUUAAGGUGAAGUUACACAGGGUGAUUCGCAACAAUGGUUUUUAGUGGAACGCGGCGUUGCAACAUUGUUGCGACAUUGAUUCAAACGGUUGCAACAUUCUUCCAACAUUGCAAUGCUGUGCUGCUCAAAGAAUCAUCGUUGCGAAUCGCCCCUUGUAACAUCACCUUUACCCUAUUCGUGCAGCCCUCCAAAUAUUAAACUUUUUGCGGAAUCUUACAGGUUGAAGAUGUCGUGCGGCAGCUAAAUAAAAGAUCUGAGCUCCUGCAUGUGGUAAGUGAAAUGUGCCUCAAUCUGUUGUUGUUGUUGUUGUUUUUUUUUUUCAAAAAAAACUGAACGAACUCACCUCACUAAAAGCAUUGUCCGUAGAAUAUUAGACUGGAUUGUUUCGCAAGCAAACACACUUCAUAUUAAUAACCCGAAAAAAACAUUAUGGAUUUCAUCCACAGACUCAAAGGUCGAAUCACUUUGUGUGGCAUAAUAAAUUAUACCGCAGGAAAGUACUGCUCAGUAAUUUUCAUUUGAAUGGUCGCACUUUAUGAUUUCAUCCACAGACUCAAAAGUAAAAACCACCUUGUGCUGCGUUACUUACAAUACCAUAGGAAAGCAUUUGCUCAGUAUAUUUCCUUUAAGUGUUGACACUUAGAAUUUUAAAUGCUUUGUACAUAAUGUUCUCUAAGUCAAUUUUUAUUCUUCAUUCAGUACCUAGAUGCGCUAUUCGUCAAAGAUCCUCAAGCUGGGAUGGAUUAUCACGAGUUACAGGUACUAAAUGAUCUGUUGCCUUGCUACGAGUUUAGGUUGGUUAAUGUUGUGUAAAUUGUGAUUUGAAUUGAACCUUGCAACUUGUGCAAAAUCCGCAAUCGUUUCAAGGCGAGCUAAAACCUAGCUUGCAGUCGGUGUAAAGGGGCGGGAAAAAAUUUAGCAUGCAAUCAAUCAUGAGAAGCGCGGGAAAAUAAUUAAGCUUACAACUGGUGCAAAGCACAGGAAAAUGAAGGAUGCAGACGGAACAAUUUAUGACGCGGGAAAAAAAAUCAUACAAUUACUCGUGCAAAGUGGCAAAAAAUGUGCGGGAAAAAAGACUUGCAACUGUUCCUUCUGAGGGGUCGCUAUUUGUUUUUUGGCUCGUUUAUACCAUGCUUUAAUAGAGUCAACGGCUAAGCUCCUUUGCGACUAAAUCUGUUAUAACGCAGCAUACUGAAGAAAGGACCAGGAAUAUGAAAAGCACAAACGCUGACUUUCACACGUGUUUCUUGACAGUGAACCUCUGCUCAAAGCCAAGAAAUGAGAACAUUAACUAAACGUUUAUUUUUCAAGAGUCCAUUAACUUUUUUCUCGUGUUUGUAGAUCCCCCUUUACGCCGAAUUUGAUCGUCCAAAGCUUCUUACUUUUCUAAGAAACAGCAACUAUUACCCUCUUCAAAAGGUAAAGCCGUGUAUACAUGUGUAGUUUUAUAUGAAAUGGUUUUUUACAAUGUGAUUUAGGCAGACAAGAGCACGUUGGACCUCAGUUGCGCGGGGCUCUGGCUCGAGGGUACAAGGCUUUUUUUCACAAGUUGGUGUUCGAAGAGCCGUGUUUAAUGAAAAAUGUUCAUCAAUAAAGAUGGUGUAAAUGGAUUGUUGUCACCUUGACCGUACAAUUUACUAUAUUCUGGCCUAUCCGAGUACAAGCGCAGUAAAGUAGCACAGCAAAUUGAGCAAAAGCACAUGGCAAUGCCCCUGCAAACCUCCCUGGCGCCCCCCACAUCACUUUGGUGAAACCGCUGCUUUAACUUCGUUUAACCUUUUCUAAAUAGCCUCGUGUAAUGCUAGAUACAACUUAAAUUGCACUGUUGUAACAUUCCAAUCUGGGAAAGUAGCUAUACCCGCCGGGAUCAGCCUUUUCCUUAGGCGUUUCGUCUUUCGCAUGGUUUCGCAUAGAGGCGGGCGCGAAACGCGAGUAAGUAGUGACGAAGCGCAAGGGGCCAUGGGAAGGGUAAAGACGGGAGGCGCCCGUUUUCUCCUUCCCGCCUUCCUUUGCGCGCAAAUUUUCAUUGAGAGACAGAGAGGCGUCUGGGUACGAGGCAGCCCCGGGAUCCUUCUCUUCUACAAGUGCCCCUGCCUUUUAAGGGUGUCAAGCCCAAAAAUGAUGGGAGGAGUUUGUUACUCAACUGAGUUUCUGUUACGACUUAGGGGUUAAAGUUCAUUGCAGCCACGUCCAUAGGGCAAAUUCUGGUAUCUUUUGUUUAAAGAAAUACCCCCUUCCCCCGUAGUCGUAUCCUUGGUUAUUGAUUUGACAGAAACACCUUCGACUACAGGGGAUUCCCCUACUGGCACCGUCUCGUAGGUUAACUAUACUUCGGAAUUUACGUGAAUCACCCAACCUUGAUCAGUUUAAACUCGGUUUUUUUUUUUUCAGGCUUUAAACGAGUGCGAACAAAGACAUUUGGUUCCAGAGAUGGUGUUUCUCCUCAGUACGUAGUCUUUUCAUUUAACUGUUUAUUGUUAUUUCUAAAUGGCAAGGUGUGUUUUACUGGGAAAGGGAAAUACUGAUGUAUUUAUUAAAACCCUCGAGUCCCAAUAUCCACAUAAAAAUUCUCCUAACUGACCCCGCAAAUUUCCUUAAAGAAUUAGUGGAGAGAAUUUGUUAAAAGGUCAAAGCAUUUUGAAUUCCCUUUGGUGAUCAUCUCAGCAAUUCUCAUGAUCUUUUCUCUUGACUAUGUAUUAAAGACUCAAAUUGAAAAGAUAACUUCCCGACACGUUUAACGUUCUAUAUACACUCUAAAUUGUCCACUAAAACAGGAGACAAGAAACCUCUCACAUGGGCAUAAAACAUCGUGUAACAUAAUUAACGUCUUUUUGUUUUCCAGGUCGUAUGGGCAACAACAAGCAAGCAUUGCAGCUGAUAAUUCAGGAAGAAAACGACGUAAAAAAGGUGAUCACCGAUAACUCUUGCCAUUGUGGUGGCACCACCUUAAAAUGCUACUGAACGUUCAAAGUAGAUUUUUUAAGCUUAGAAGUGGUCUAUUUUUUUAAGAGCGAUGAUUUAAAUUCCUAGUCAAUUGUGUUGGGAAAUAGGCCAUUUCCUAGUUCCAAAAGCUCUCACGUUCAAAACGAGACUAAGUGCAAAACCUUUCUUGUGAAAAAUGAGUUUUACUAGCUUGAGAACAGAAAGUCAUUUUCGUAUCAAUGGCUUUGCACUUAGUCUCGCUUUGAAGUGGAGGUUUGGAGAAACUUGGAAUUGGCCUGUUAGUAACAGGUAAUGACUGGCAUUCUUUUGAUUGACAGGCGAUUGAGUUUGCCAAGGAACAAAAUGACGAGGAAUUAUGGGAUGAUCUUAUCAACUAUUCUCUAGAUAAACCAGGUAUUUGAUUCAGUAUUGCUUAGCCUUCGUAGCUGGCGGUUUGUUUGGCGAGAGAGAGAAAAAGCUGAGAAGACGCGCGUAAAACGCGCAUUUUCGUCCUUAUCUCCUCUCGGCUUCGCUGCUCAUUUGCGCGCUCGACCAACAAAACCGCGCCACACUUGCGCGCUCGACCAACAAAACCGCGCCACACAUUUGCGCGUUCGACAUACGAAACCGCCAGUUACGCAGGCUGGUAUUGGUUUGCCUAAAGACAUUCGACUGAUUGAGGCAAGUCAUCUAAAGUCAUUUAAAUUUCUUUCUGUCUUUUUCUUGUAGAAUUCAUCACUGGUCUCCUACAAAAUAUUGGUACUCAUGUCGAUCCUAUUAAGCUUAUUCAGGUAUCUUGGAGGUUCUGCAGUUUUCUGUUUCAUUAAAACAAAUUUAUUUCGGCAUUAUUUCAACGUAUUGAUUUAUUUGACAGAGGAUACCUGAGGGACUUAAGAUUCCCGGCCUUAGAGACUCCCUGGUGAAAAUUCUGCAAGAUUUUAAUUUGCAGGUAAGUACUGUCAGCUUUCGUUGCUUCGUGUUAUAUUGAAUCUUUACCAUCAUCUUGCCACUUAUCUCGUAGAAUAGUGUACUUUCCUCUAGUUGUAGUGUGGCAAAAGCUUGCUUUUCCGACUAUUCUUGCUUGUUACUGCGCUUACCGAAUUACUCGAAUAAGCGCUGCAUUUGGGACAAAAAAAUUAAUAAGUGCCGCCCCCAAAUUUAGCGCGCGGCGUCCAAAUGAACAAACUCAAAAGACGUUAAUUCUCUUACUUUAAUGCGGAAAACAAUAAUAAUACCAUAGUUAAAACAAUUCUUUUUGCGUCUAAAUCUCAAAUAAAUGCCGCCCUCAAAUUUAUUGUAAGCAUUUAAUCCAUGAAAAAUUUGAUAAGCGUCUAGAAGGCGUGUCGACGUCUGGUAUUUCCGUGAAGACGUCUGCACACAGGUCAGUAAAUGUCCCAGUAUGGACCUCAGAUCAGAGCAUGGCAUUUUCAAGCCUUUUGCCAGCCUGAUAGUAGUCCCCUUACAGAGAGCAAUUGACUGGGCACGCCGAAAGAACGUGCGCAGCAAGUAAGGCAAUCCCAAGGGAGUGUUAGCGAUAACUUUAUGCACAUGCUUGAGACUAUCCCUGUCCUUAACAACCUCCCAACCCCACCCUAAUGAGUAACUUUGUGCUGUGAUACGCGUUAUAAAGCUCGAAAGUACAACUGAAUACAAUUGAUAUUUUCGCCACCUGGACAGGAUUUCGAAUUCCUGAAAACCGGUCACAAUAACUCUUCUUCCUAUAUUUGUCGAUAAUGACCUUUUACAUAUCUAAAGAUUUUUAGGAUCUUAGCGGCGUCUGAUUUCUCCUAUCCUUGACAUCUUUUUUCCUUAGAUAUCUCUUCGAGAAGGCUGCAAAAAGAUUCUUGUAAAAGACAGGUGAGCUAGCGACACGUUACAGUACAGACUAUGUCCCCUUUAUACCGGGUAGGAUUUGCGCCGGCACGAAAACUAUACUGGGUAGGGCUUCUGUUCGCUCAUAAGAACGGUGAUUUUGGCACGAUUUCUCUAACAGAUCAAAGCUGUGUCGCGCCUUUAUUCUAAGUGGAGAGUCACAUAUCGGAUAGGUGUUCAUUGCGGAGCUCCACGCCGCGAGCGCAGCCCCAUACCAAAGAAAAUGCGGUGAUCUACCUGUCCGAGAAAUUUUGGUAAUCACGUGACCGUACGCCCGACCGACCGACUGUCCUUCCGCACCACAGGCAUACCAGUGCAAAAUAACUCAAUCAACAGGUAUGAUGACUCGAGGUUAUUUUGGCGGGAAAUCGCGUAGCCAGCCCCGUCUUGUGAAGUAGAGACAACCAAAGAGUCAAUAAAGACGAAAACGGAAAACGGAAAUUGUUUCUGUAUCUGUGUUGUCUAAGUAUUAAGCUUAGAUUAAUUGUCAUGUCCACAAAUUUGGAAUACAGAGAAAGAAAAUGAGAGAGAAAAAGAGAAAGUAGGCGACAGGCCAGCGAAACUCAAAGAAAAAAAGGGCAACAGAUAGCUAGAGCGAGAAAUAAAAGACAAAGCAGACUUUUUUGUGGGAAGAACAACAUGAAAAGUUUGUAGCGGCAGUGAAAAAAAAGUGAACAACGACACGUACGACAUUUCCUCCAUAAAACGUGUAACCAGGAAGUUUCUGAAAGUUUUAAGUUGUAGUGGUGCAAAACAACGGCAAAGAAAUGUACAAAUAAAGUGUGCUGCACGUGCAAAGUUGCUUUUUUGCUAAUUAGACCUAUUGUUUUUUUUUUUCACCGUUUUUGUUGCCUUCGCCACUUAGCAUUACACAGUUAUAUAUUUUGUUUGAACAAACUAUAAAUAUUAUCGAGCGCUUCGCUUUUAGCCCUGGCUAAAUCUAUAUACCGGAGAACUUGUCGUGUCGGCACGGAAAGCUGUGUGGUGAAGUGGGUGAACAUAGCCUUACGUGCCGGUAAUCCUGAUAACAUUUGGAUCUGUAGAAAAGUCCUUCAAAAAUUGGCCUUUUAACUGGGAUCGUUGAGUUGUCGUUUCCCUUAGCACAGUUGACUAUACUGUACAAAAUGGUUCUAGCUUCUGACCCUUAAGGUAUUUUGGUGCGACCUUUGAAGUAAAAGCUUUUGGGGGUUAUUUUCGCCGUGGGACAAUAAUGUAAAAGCUGUUACCGUGUCGGUUUCGUCUUCUUCAUUCUUACGUUUAUUUCUGUGAUUUUUGUAGUGUCUCCUUACUGCAGCGUUUGAGCAAAGUACAGCAGAAGGGUGUUUCUGUAGAUGGUAAGUUUUCUGAAAUGAAACUGUGGUAGUGAAUGUUUUAUAAUCGCUGAUCCUGUUGAUCGGAAGAAAAAGUGCUGGCUCCUGUUGUUCAAUGCACCGUUAUCCACUGUAUGGCACAAUUAGUUUUCUUGAUACUUAUUCGUUGGAUAGUGAUUUACUCGCGGAUAGAGGUGUCCAGUUUUUGAGUGAACUGGACCAUAGCCUGCGGAGCAUGGCGGUUUUAUUCGGGCGCGCAAACAAGCUAAGUGAUUGUCGGGCGAGCGCGGAGGAACCGUGAUGAGAUUGGGGCAGAAAGAACACUAAUCCGGGCAGGGGAAGGGCUGAUGAGAAGUAGCAAGAAAGAUAGACUUCCGCCUUCCCGUCAUCCAUAUCGGCUUCGUGUGGCGUUGGCGUACAAGUCCCCCGCGACUUCGCUACCUCUGCGUCUCUAAGCGUCAAACUUAUAAUUCCUGCACGUUCAUUAAUUUAUUACUGAAAUAAACUUCAUUAUGAAGACUCUAGAAAUAAGCAGUAGUUCUGGCACUACAAGCAUUUUCUGCAUCUGAAAUGCGAAGUAGCGUUCUCUUUUUGCCUUUGGCGAUAUUAGGGCGUACGAUACUAAUUGAUGUUCGUAUUGCGGCGACAAAGCGCUUCUUUCCCGUACAAUCUAAGCGAUGUUAUUAAAAAUAACAUUUACCGUUCUUUGGCAGAUGAAACAAAAUGUCCUGUGUGCCAGGGUGCCAUCAUCGCAGAAGGUAGGCUAAUUAUAAAAACUCAAUCAUUUCAUUAGUACCCAUUUAUCUGGAGAAACUCGUUCCUUUGUUCCGGGUAGAAGCGUCACCGAGUUACUCGAGUUACCCUGGGGCGAACCAGCUUUCCUUAACAUUUCCUUACAAAACUUGGCGAACCGUUUUCAUGAGAAACAAAAAGUUCGCUCGGCUAGAAGGGUGAACAACCUAGGCGGGUCACCCUUUUUAAAUGGUAGGGUCACCCUCCCAGCCGGACCAACGUUUCUCCACACAAACACUUUGGCUUGCUCAGCCGGGUCAACUCAGUCAAGGCGAGACAAUCAUAGCAUGCGCAAACACCGUCGUCAGCUCUGGGUCAACUUCUUUCUCACAUAAACGUUCUCUAAAAUUGGUUGGGCAGGGAGGGUGACCCUCGUUCCAGGGACAACUUUUCUCCAUAAAACGGAGCCUUAGUUACUCAUUCCACUUGACAGCCGUUCUCUCCUGCUUUUAAGUCACGCAGUAUUUGCAAUGUCAACCAUCACACAACAAAUAUCCUUCUUCUAUUACCGUUUGUGCUUUAUACAGGUUUGUGUUUUUUUAAAACCUAUCUUUUUCAGACUCAAGAAGAGCAUCACACGUCGUUGUAUUCUUUUGUAAACACGUCUAUCACGAGGACUGCCUGCCCGCGCGCGAUGUGGUAAGUAACGAGUUCUUUGCUUCAAGCUGUACAUUUCACGACUCUCAUUCUUCGCCAGCAGUCGUAAUUAUGGUGACAUUCUGUAUAGUAAAUAAAACCCAUUAUUUCCUUGCUUGAUUCUUAUAAUUUUGAUCUGAGCGACUUGUGUGGGCUUGACUUCAUGAUCCAUGCUCUCUCAGUCUUCAAACGUUUUUGUUAGCAGUGUUUUUAAGCGUUCGCCAGGCUACCUUAACACUCUCGUCUGUUUCUUCUUCCACUUACUAAACACUGAUCAAAUACGGGAAUGCCGGUGCGGGACUUUGCCAGCAAGGAGGAGGAGGCGUUAUUUUAUCAAGAGGGGUGGCUGGCCACGGUGGUUAUUUAUAGCGAUUUUUUCACUUCCCUCUGGCGCGUCUCCUGCGCGUCUCCUCUUCGGCUAAAAGGAAGUGGACAAGAAUGCUAUGCAGGCUGUAUAAUUAAACCUGGGUCAGCCUCAACUUGUUCGUAGGUGUUUCUCCUCUUGUGUUCCACCUUUUUAAUAGCGGAAAGAGAGACUGAGGCGUUCGAUGUUCGAUCGUGUUGGUAGUAAUAUUUUUGUUUGCUUCUUUAGGGUCCGUUUUGCCAGAUUUGCACAGCACACAGCCAGGUGAAGAGACGGCGGUCUCAACGCGUGGCAACCUCAGAGGCACGUCUUUAA